AUGUCUUUAUCAUUCAAAGGUCAUACCGUUGUCAUAACGGGUGGUGGUGGUGGGCUAGGCAAAGCUUACUCAUUGCUUUUCUCUGCACACGGAGCCAGUGUCGUUGUGAACGAUUUCAAUGGAGAGGCGGCCCAGAAAGUUGUUGAUGAAAUUGUCAAAGCGGGCGGAAAAGCAGUCGUAAAUACAUCAUCAGUCACAGAUGGAGAGGCGGUUAUAAAGACCGCAUUGGAUAAUUUUGGACAAGUGACGAUUCUUAUAAAUAAUGCAGGGUUCCUUCGGGACAAGGGAUUCAGGAACAUGGUGGAUAAAGAAUGGGACCAAAUCAUGGAAGUUCAUGUAAAAGGUGCUUUUGCCUGCACGAAAGCCGCAUGGCCGCAUUUCAGGAAGCAAAAGUUUGGUCGCAUCAUCAACACCGCAAGUGCAGCCGGGCUGUAUGGAAACUUUGGUCAAACCAACUACAGUGCAGCUAAGAUGGGUUUGGUCGGUUUCACCAAAACUCUUGCCAUAGAAGGCGCAAAGUACAACAUCAAGGCCAAUAUCAUCUGUCCCAUGGCUGCUUCGCAAAUGACUGCCACGAUCAUGCCACCUGAAAUGUUGGCUAAUCUCAAGCCCGAGUUCGUGGCUCCAUUUGUCGCAGUUCUGGCCAACCCGAAUACCCUUGAUAUUACGGGAAGGUUAUUUGAAGUCGGAGCAGGAUUCGCGGCGGAAGUCAGAUUGGAACGAAGUAAAGGCGCUAUCUUCAAAACCGAUUCCUCUUUUACCCCUUCUGCUGUCAAAGCCAAGUGGCACGAAAUUGUGGAUUUCACGGAUGCCGAACAUCCCCACUUGAUCACCGAUGUAGACAUGCAGUCCAAAUUACGAGCCGCACAAAACCAAUCGCCUAACCCUCAAAGCAGCUCUGACGUAAGGUUCGACGGUAAGACGGUCAUCGUUACCGGUGCUGGCAAUGGUCUUGGGCGGCAGUACUCGUUGAUGUACGGCAGGUUGGGCGCAAAUGUCGUGGUGAACGAUGUCAGUGAGAAAGGCGCCAACGCUGUGGUGCAAGAGAUUGUCAAGGCUGGAGGUAAAGCCGCUGCAGCGAUAUGUUCGGCAGAGGAUGGCGAAGCUAUCGUUAAGACUGCUCUCAACAAGUUUGGCGGCGUUCAUGUACUCGUAGCCAAUGCAGGUAUCCUGCGAGACAAGUCCUUCCAGUCAAUGUCCGAACAGGAGUGGGAUAUUGUAAUGGCUAUACAUCUACGGGCGACAUAUAAAUGUGCAAAGGCUGUUUGGCCCAUUUUCCACAAGCAACAAUAUGGUCGUAUUCUUACUACCUGCUCGCAGACUGGUAUCUAUGGAAACUUCGGUCAAACAAACUAUGCGACCGCAAAAGCCGGAAUCAUAGGUCUCACUAAGACCCUUGCCUUUGAGGGAAAGAAGUACAAUAUUCUCUCGAACGUGAUUGCACCAUCGGCGGGUACUGCGAUGACAUCAACAGUAUGGCCACAAGAAUGGGUCGACGCAUUCAAACCCGACUAUGUCGCGCCUGUUGUCGGAUACCUGACCAGCGCACAAAAUGAGGACAUUUCGGGCCUGUUAUUCGAGAUUAGCGGAGGUUGGGCAGCUCAGACCCGAUGGCAACGAUCUGCAGGUUAUGGAUUCCCGGUCAAGAAGUCACCCACACCGGAAGAGGCACUCGCCAAGUGGGAUAUCAUCACGAAGUUCGAUGAGCGCGCAACGUACCCGACCACCACAGGUGAGUCAAUGGCCCAGAUUGUGGGGAACUUCACAAACCUUGGAGAUGCGAAGGCGAAGUUAUAG